CUUCCUCAUCUUCCCUUUCAAACAUAAAUAUAUAUAACCGCUUUUUGUCUCUUUGUCCCUUUUACAGUUAUACUAACUUCUCUCAUGUCUACAAAUAUGAUUGGCGGCGAAAGGCGGUGGAGAGAGGCGGAGGAGCUCGUGAUUGAGCAAUUCCGGCUAAUCACCACCACUCUUCUCAGCCUUCUCUUCCCUCUCUCUUUUCUCCUCCUUAGCCGUCUCUCCUCCGCCGCCUUCAUCCUCUCUUUACCAUCGCCGCCGCCGGAAAACCCCGACUCUUUCUUCCUCAACACAAUCCAUUUGCUACUAUACGCCGUUGUUUCAGUAGUAACCGUUCAUACUCUAAUCCACAGCUGCUUGAUCACCAAAAUAAGAAGACCUUCCGCAGAUACUAACCGUACGAUCGGUUUCUAUUAUCCACGUGUCAGCAUCGCGUGGGUUUUUCUUUUGACUCUUCAAUUCUCCGUUGGAUUAGGCCUUCGAGUAACGAUCUCAAAAGGAGUCAACGGGGUCGUCAACGGUAACAAUCACAAUUUCUUGACGAGACUCUUGUUUUUCUUUGGUCUCCAUGAGGCUACGAUUCAGUGGUACCGAGUGAUCGUGAAGACGGUGGUGGAAAGCGGUUUUGGCCGGAGAGAAGAAGAGACAGUGGUAGAGAGAGUGGCUUUGGCCGCUAGUGUCGGUGCUUUAUGGUGG